AUGGCUUAUUCACAGGGAAGACAAACAAUACAUAAACUUAGUGUUUAUAAUGAAGGUGCACAUUUCAUGUUACCAUGGUUUGAAUCACCAAUUGUUUAUGAUGUUGGAGCUAAAUUAAGAAGUAUUGCUUCUUUAACUGGAACAAAGGAACCCUUGGAACUUACUACGAUGAAAGUGUUUCUACUUUCUAUUGUAAAUGAAGUUCUCAAGUCUGUGGUUGCUCAAUUCAAUGUUUCACAAUUAAUCACAGUAUCAAGGCUAAUAAGGGAAAAUUUGAUACUUGAAGCGAAACAAAUUGCUCAACAAGAAGCACAACGUACAUUCUUCAUAGUGGAGCGUGCAAAACAAGAAAAUCAACCAAUUAUCAUUAAAGCAGAAGGCGAGACCAAGUCUGCUGAAUUAAUUGGUGAGGCUAUUAAGAAUAAACCUGGAUUUAUUGAAUUGAGAAAAAUUGAAACUGCAAGAGAAAUUGCUUCUAUUCAAAAUCGCAUAUUAUUGGAUUCGGAUACAUUAUUGUUAGAUGUUUCUGAUCCUUCAAU